UGGCAUGCCGAACCGAAACUCAUUAAAGUGUCACUUAAAUCUCCAAGAGUCAUGAUUCAGUGGGAGUAAUCGCACCAAACACUGUUUACUCUAGUGAUUGACGCAGAUGAUCGCAUGCAUGACCAGCAAGUGCCCUAUAGGGUCUGAUACAUCCAUUUUACCUUCAAGUGUACGGAAUAAUGGCGUGUUCGUUGUUGAUUGGUCACGCAGCCGUAAUCGUACACUUGGGUUCGCAGCAGAUCCCGUUCUCUUUGCAAAAUGGCAAGUUUGCCGAAAUAAAAUUAGGUCACUAAAGUGGCCCCCACCAAAAGGCGCGAUUGGAAAAGUAAUUCAUUAUCCACCAAACCCCACUUUACCCAAUACCCACCCCCUCUCUUGUCUCUCACUCUCACUCUCUCUCUCUCUCUCUCUCUCUCUCGUUUGCAGACGGUAGUGACUUAGUGAGGGGUUCCAGCCAAGCAUAAGAAAAGAUGCUAUCUCCGAACCCUUUUUCUCUUUUAUGUGCUAUUCUUCUCUGCCUACCUCUUGCAUUCAUCUUCACAGUUACCAGCCCCAGCAGCAGCAGCAACAGCAGCAGCGAUGACGCCGGCGCCACCACCACCACCACCAACGGCAAUUAUAUUCGCAAAAUCCAGGUAAGGAAUAUCGUUCCAUCCACAAACAACAUUGAGCAAAACAAGAAUAGCGAAAUCAAAAGCACAAUUGUCAGCAGACCGCAGCCGCCGCCAGCAGUUAUUCCAGAAGACGACGAAUCUCUGUUCCGCAUCGCCGGCCGAGUAAACCGAAACCCAUCACCCACUGGAGCAACAAAGAAAUUGGCGUUUAUGUUCCUGACUACUUCGGAUCUCCCAUUCGCUCCACUAUGGGAGCGCUUCUUCCUUCCAAAUCAAACCCAACAACAGAACAAUAGAACGAAGCUCUUCAACAUCUACAUCCACGCCGACCCAUCUUCUCACUACGACCAACCAUUUUCCGGCGUCUUCUCCGGGCGCACCAUCCCCUCCAAACCCACCCAACGGUUUACCCCAUCUCUUGUCUCCGCGGCUCGUCGCCUCCUCGCUCACGCCCUUCUGGACGACCCCUCCAACGCCAUGUUCUCUCUCCUCUCCCCCUCCUGCAUCCCCCUCCGCUCCUUUGGCUUCACAUACAGAACCCUCAUAGGAUCCGAUAAGAGCUUCAUCGAGAUCCUCAAAGACGAACCGGGCAGCUUCGACCGAUACGCUGCGCGUGGACCGGACGCGAUGCUCCCCGAAGUACCGUUCGAAAGUUUCCGUAUAGGAUCGCAGUUCUUCGUCUUGACACGUCGGCACGCCAGGCUUGUGGUGAAGGACAGGCGUCUCUGGUCUAAGUUCAAGCUGUCAUGCGUACAGUGGGACACGUGUUACCCCGAGGAAAACUAUUUCCCUACCUUACUCAGCAUGCAGGACCCACGUGGGUGCGUGCCAGCAACUUUAACUCACGUGAACUGGACGGGCCGUUACGAUGGUCACCCUUGGACGUACCAGGCUUCUGAGGUUUCGCCGGACCUGAUCCUCUCGCUCAGACAAGCUAGGCCCAGAUACGGUGACGAUGCCAACUCGACUGCCAAUGGCUCCGACUCGUCUGUGUCGAAACGGCACGACCCUUUUCUUUUUGCCCGCAAAUUUUCGCCGGAUUCUUUACAGCCGUUGAUGGAGAUAGCCGACGACGUCAUCUUCCGAGACUGAAAAAGUGACUGUAACUAUUCUGUCUUCUACACGGCUGAUGACUGAUGACAACUGGAUUUGAGUAAAGAGCAAUACGGAGUCUGACACGUAGGAUACCUGGUCCUCGCAAACUUUCCACGUGUAGAAAAGGCGAUCAGACAAGCUUUAAAUGAAAGAUCAAUGGCGGGGAUUAAUCGUCGGCUGAUUACGAGACAUCGUACACGACGACCAUGCGAUGAUUCAUUGAGACAUAUGGGCUGUCGGAGUUCCUGGGACCUCAGAGCCCAGACCUCACUUGGGACUUGGGAGAGCCGAUGUCGGAGAGCGAUUCCACUUUCCACACUUAUAACACUUUACGCCAUCUUGACCGGUUCGGCCGUGCCGGUUAAAAAAGAAAGAGAAUCGGUUCGACCGAGAAUAGGAAGCCGGUAAUUUUGGCAACAACCGCAUUUAAAGCAGAAAGCUAGCGUGUAGUAUACCUAUAUCGUGGAAGAUUGAUGAGUGGUUAGUGGUGGGUCCAGACCAUCCCCUUUAUCCCAAGCAUCAAAUCGGAUGGUAUGUUGCUAUGGUGUACAUACAUGGUCAAAAAAGCAAUCAACCGCACUGGUACCAAAACUAGAAUCCUGUCGGUGCGAGGUGGGGCCAAAAGGACUGUAGGGCCCAAAAAGUUAUCAUGUAUUAAGAAGGAUGAUGUGAUGUAAAACUGCAGGAUAAAGCAACAUCCAAUAGGCCCAUCGUUUAGCCCAAGACCAGUUUCAGUUUCUUUUAGCUGAUUAUUAUUUUUACAUAGAUUUUCCCGUUUUUACCUGAUAAUUAUCAGGAUCAGCCCGGCCCAUGUAACUUAACA